AUGUUGGCCGAAGAAGUAGCGAGGCUCAUCGGUCUACGACAGGCCUGCGACUUCCCUAUAGUUGCCUGCGACAUCCCUGGAGUUGUGAGUGAAAACUUAGGGCUGUCAACGCUCGGAAUUAGGCGGUGUAUUGGAACAAAAAAGCCUUGGACUACUAUGCCGCGGUUUCCGACGGCCCUGAUCGCCUCCUUAAGCGGCAGGCAGCCCAGUUCGUCGGGCAUUAGUCGCUCGAGCACGAGCGGCCGUUCUCACGCCACCACCGCCCGGGGGCGACGCGCGCUCACGACUCCCGCGAGAUAUGAAAUUAAUUUAUCUACAACUAAACGGAGUCGCGCGGAAAAAGUUUUCACGUGGGUG